AUGUUAGCAGAUACAGUCCAAGACUAUGCUCAAUACUUAAAAGUGGAUCUGUCGAGUAAUUUUCAAACAGUGCAAGAUGUGAUAGAUAAUAUGAUAACCAGGCUUGAAGAAUUGAGUAGUGUUGUUCAAAUGAUAAAAUUAAAAAAUAACAACUGCACCACCUCCGUGACCGAAGAUAUUUGCCGAAACCGAAAUGAAGUUACAUUGUUAUCCAAAAAAAUUGUCACGCUAAGUGAUGUUGUGCAUAAGUUACAAGCCAACGUAGAAAUUCUCGAGAAACGCGUAGAAAGAGCAGAAUCUGAUUUUGGAGUGCAAUCUGAUAAUAAACUUAUAUAUUUCUUCAAGCCAUUCUUAAAACGAAAAGAUGUCGGGAUACCGAGUAAUGCUCCACCAAUUCCGCAAGAAAAAAUUGUGUUUUCUAGUGUAAUGGACAAUUUUGAAACAAGUAAUACAUAA